CCCUGACUAUGAGUACCACUACUAAUCCCCUUAUGGUAGGUAGGUACAUAACCGGGUUAUGUAUCUAAGGUAUGCAACCGCAGCAUGACCUAGGUAGCUGUCUCGCCACCCACCUACCCACCUCCUAUCCCAGUCUCAUUGCCGACUUUACUACACACAUGUUUGUCUACGGAGCAAUUACACAUGCGCCCUUGAGAUGGAUUAUCCUCGCCCAACCCCACGAUGCGCCGAUACACCUAUCCCAUCGUCUCGUCUCCUUUAACCUAGUUUUCCCCACCACCCCGCAAGGCUCACCGCUAUGGCGAGCGGUACUGGGGCCGAUAGGACCUUGCUCGAGAGGCUCAACGCCCUCAAACCCACCACCGUCCGUCUCGAUCCUUCAUUGAAAUCAGCCGUUGCAUCUACUACAGAGCCUGCUAAGCCUCCGUCGAGAGAGGACGCCCUUAGCGAAAGACUCAAAAGUCUUCGGAACCAGUCCCAUGGCAAAGUCCCCUCCGCCUCCAGCUCAGGGGCAUCCCGCCGAGAUAGCAACGCUACUAGCCAACCAACUCCCAGCCAAACCACACAGCUACGUCCCAGCGUCGAAGAUUCGGGGCCGGACAGAGGCGCACAGACGGCCUCCGCCGUAGAAGAGGGCAUCGACAGUGCCGAUAACCUGCUGAUCACGGAUGACCAGACCCUUGAAGAGCUCCUGGCGGAUCUCGAAUCCGAUCAGCAGUGGCUGGACGAAGUAGUAGCCGAAGAAGAGGAGCACCGAAGAGUCACUCUGCUUCUGGAAGAGCUCGGGAAGGCUUCCCAAGCUGACCACGGCUUAGAUCACAGCGGCAGUCCUAAAAGCGCUAAUGCCGGUCGCAACGACUCGGAGCAAGAUAGCGAUGACGAUUCUGAGGGCGAAAGGAUGAUUCGCGAAGCUGACAUCAUACUCGCGCAGGCUGUCGACGAGGCUGACUGGGACAAGGCUCACAGGCCCGUGUCCCCACCUGACCCUGGAGCACCCGCAGCGAGUCACGACCACAAACUACAUGGCUCAAGUAGCACAACCAAACCCGCAGUGGCACGUAGCGCAGAGGACCCCUUCGGCCUACCCACCGUACCCCUGGAACUCCAGGACCAGCCAGACCUGGCCGGCUCCUCUCAGGAGGACGCCGACUUCGCGGCCUCCAUCACGUCGCGCAUGGUGGCCCUCAGAGUCAGCGCGCCAGCGAGCCCGACGCUGCCCUCGGCGCCCACCUCGGACGUCGACGUGCUCGGGCUGCCCGCGGCGCCCACCUUCGUGCCGGCCGACCGCCCCGCCCCCGGGCUCGUCAGGCGCGCCGGCUACACCGACGAGGACCAGAAGACGUGGUGCGUCGUGUGCCUCGAGGACGGCGCCGUCCGCUGCCUCGGCUGCGACGACGGCGACGACGUCUACUGCGCCAGGUGCUGGCGCGAGAUGCACGUCGGCCCCGCCGCCGGGUACGACGACCGGGGGCAUCGCUGGGAAAGAUUUGUCAAGGGGCGCUAGGACCUGCUCCCCCCCCUGGCUCCCCCCCCCUCAUCAUACCCCUUCGGAGAGAAUGCGCGGGUGGUUGGGGCAAUUGGCUGCUGGUGUGCCGCAGUAAGGAUUUGGAGACAGGUGGAAGGGCGGGAUUCUGCGCUAGAAACCAACCCCUGUCGCGGACCACACCGUUGCCUGUUCGGCUUACCGGGGUGCCGGUGCGCGGUAUUUGAAAAAAAAAAUUCGAUCUACCAUACUUGACAUGCUCCGCCACCACCACUACUACCACCCCUGAGCUUGCUCGCGGGGCUGAGCAUCGGGAUGCCACGCUCCGGUGCCAGUCCUCGAGACGACCAUGCGCCUCGCGCGAGGGGCACGUAGUAGGGACAAGUCUCUUGGCGUCCGCGCGCUGAGCUGGCGAGGCAGGACUACGGAUUACAAUUACCUACUACGCUCUCGUACGGCGGUCCCUCUCGCGGUCUUCCUCCAGUAGGACUUGCGUCGGGUCUCGUGCGGCCGCCGAGCAGAAAACCGAAGAGGGUUGGGGACGGGGGGGAUAUUAAGAGGCGGGAGUUCUUUUUUCACCGCGGGCCCCGUCUCCUGCAUACCGCCGCCGACCACCUGCCUAUUACCUACGUGGUGUAUGGCAUGUGGUUCGCGCUAGAGACUAGCAGGCGAGGACAAGAGUAGGGUCUAGUGGAUGUGGGAAGCUGGCCCCAGUUGUAGUCCACCGUACGCGCGAACGCACCCG